GUGACGCACGAGAUUCAAAGUUGGCAACAACGUUCCUGCUCGGACUCCUGUUUAAACCUGCCACUAAAACUGUCCACAAGCUGUGAAAAAAACCUUUAUAUCUCCAUGUUUUCAUAACAGUGAAGCCGGUACCAGAAUGGAGGCUAAAGUAAUCGGACCGGGUCCUUACAGGGCCACGAAGCUGUGGAAUGAAACCAUCAAACUUUUUCGCGGGGGCAUGUCACUGAGAAGGCACUGGGCACAUUUCCGUUACUAUGACUGCAGCUUCACAGGGUCUGAGGCUGUGGAUUAUCUGCAUGAGCUGCUGAGGCAAAACUACAACUUUGGACCUGAGGUGACUCGCUAUCAGACUCUGCAGCUGCUCCGAAAGUUCCUUAAGGCUCAUGUCAUUGAAGACAUCAAAGGACGCCAUGGGACAGAGGACUUUGAAGACAAUGGCAAUCUGUACAGGUUCCCCACACUGUCUCCCCUAAAGUCUUUUCCAACAAGGCCUCUGAUGAGAGACAGCAGUGACCUGCCCAGACUUAUCCGCUGGGAUGACUAUGAGGAACUACCUCAGCAGGAAAACAUUGCACCUCUGAAGUCUGCUGUCAUGACUUCAGACUUGUGGAAUAAAAGGCACAGUGUUGCUAUUGGAGAUGUACAUGAAUGCAAGCUCAUACGCAGGAAGGAGAUAUCGUCUAAACAAGUGGACCAUAUCUGGAAAUCAAUGACAGCUGCACAUUUACAGAGAGUACUGGGCCUGAAAACGUUGGAUGGAGUCUUAAACCUAACACAUGUGAAUGGAAAACACAUAGUUCACAAUGUGUUCAGUGUCAAUAAAACAGGCAUAGUUGUGUUGGAGAACAAAGUCGAGGACAUGCCCUAUUGGGUGGUAUCAGCAAUGAAAUGCCUCGCCAACUGGCCUAAUGGCAAUGAAGCCAAACAGCCAGUGUACCCAGGUUUUGAGAGGGAUGUUCUGAAGACAGUAGCUGACUACUUCCACAGACUCAAAGAACCCCUUUUGACUUUCCAUCUGUAUGAAGUCUUUGUCAACAUUCUCAGUCUGCUGCAUGAGCAAGAGGUUGCCACUGAGGCUCUGCAGGUCAGCUGCCUGCUCCUGCCACCACCCAAUCGAAGACGCCUCCAGCUUUUACUGCGUCUCAUGGCACGUGUCUGCCAGAAUCCUCACCUUCCUCCACUCAACGACACCAUUGCUCCCCGCACACUGAUGGUGCAGAUGUUCUCUCACUGCGUCCUGGGCUCAGCAGAUGACAUGGACUUGGACGAGUUACUUGCCACUAAAUUGGUGACCUUCAUGAUGGAGCACCACAACACCAUCUUCCAAGUGCCUACCAAGCUGCGCUGCCAGGUUGAUGAGCACCUGUCCCACCUCAAAAGAGCUCAGAUCAAAUAUGCAGGUUCAGAUACAGAUUUCAGCGCAUCUCCAGCUGUCUGUAAACAGAUCAGCAAGGUGGAGUGUGAGGAGCAGAAGGUGAUAGGUACUCAGAUCCCCUUGCAGCAGCUGCUGGAAGGCCUGAUUGCAGACAAAGAACUGCCUGCUAAGGACAAGAAGAAAAGACUGAAACAGUUCCAGAAGUCCUACCCAGAAGUCUACCACAAUCGAUUUCCUACUGAGGAAAGCAAGGCUGCUGUUAUACCUGAAAAAACACCACGACUCAAACCUCAUUUCAUGUUCUUCAAUCUGAAGAAACCCUUCCAGCCUUUUCAGAGAAGCUGGAGUUUUAGGGCGUAGCCCAUCUACACUUCAGACUGUAAUCACACGUCAGCCUCAGUCAGAAGACGGUGUGGCUGUAAUAGUGCUGUAGCCACAACUUUGGUUCUCUUUAUUAACCACUGUAAUUUGUAUUUUUUAUUUUUAUAAAAAAAUCAGUCUUCUGUAGCAGUCAAACAAAAGUUAUCACUUAAAAGUUCAGUUCACUCAAAUUCUCCACUCGCCCUGAGGGCAGUUUUGGUCGAUGCUGCAGAAGUUUGAUAUUAAUGAUGCAUACAGUGAAUGCGGAUAGAUGAGCUGACCUUUUAAGAUAUUUCACUGUAUUAUGUCGCUAGAAAACUUGAAGUACAGGAAACAAUGAUCCACUAACACUAAAAAAGCCACUCACUGGUGCUUUUAAAAAUGGAUAGAUUGAUAUUCAUUAAUAUGUAACUGUACAUUUUUAUUGUGUGUUAGAUGGGCCUAAAUAAUGAGAAUUUAAAGGAACUAAUUUGACUGAAAUACAUUUCAGAAGUAUUAACGAGUUAUUGGAUGUUAAUAUGAGUUGUUAAACGUUAAACACAUAAAGCUCUUUAAAGAUUAAAUAGUGAUAGUGAUGUUACACUUUGUUAUACAUAUUUGGAUGCAUUUCAUGGUGUUAAUUGGCCUUUGAGCAGAUUAUGUCAUUUCAUGAGCUCUUAAUGAUUUCAUGACUCUUGUAAUGUAAAGAUCCAUUUUGUUUUAUAAUUUAGGCAGCCUAAUCUGUUCAUCCUGUUUCUUUUGACCAGGUCAACAGUUACUUAUUGUCAGUAAACAUAAACAUAUCAAGGGUUUAUCUAGAAAGGGAGUAUACGUGACAUUUUCAUAACUAUAGAGGGGUUUUCAUUGAUAAUCACAUUUGUAACUACACAUAAAUCAGACAAACAAGGGAAUAAUAUACAAGGCGUUGGUGAAAAUUGCAGACUGAGUUUGCUGUAUGAACUUUAUGACUGCAUUUAUUUUAUAUACACAUAAACUGUCACAUGCCUUUCUCGCUAAACCCUCCCUCCUGCUUACUUGAUGAGUCCUAUGCUGUCUGCACUCUUUAAACAACUCAUUUCAUGUUGUUACUUAUUGGUCUUAUUCUGUAUAUAAGCACUAUUUUCUCGGAUGGUACAUGUUUCAGUGUCUUGAAUACUCUUCUCUCAUUUUUCUUAAUGUAUUUUGUCCUUUACUAUUCCCUGCUGCUCUGUCAAGUCAAUCAGGUUGUUUUUCACUUAAUUUGAGACUUAAGAAUUUUUUUAUUUUAAUAAUAAUAGGUAUGGAUGUUUUGUUUUGGAUUUUCACAAAUGCUUUUAAACAAUGCUGGAAUAACUGUUACACUUGAAUUACUGCUCUGUGCUGGAAAGAAAUUAAGUGAAUUUAAGUCAUUUGAUGCUGAUAAGGAUUUUCCUAUAAAAAUUAUAAUUGGCUUAUAUAA